AUGUUUCUCCUUCUGUUACGAAAACUAUGGAUCCGACGACGCAGAUCAAACACGGACAAAUCUUCCACUUCGUCAACUACGCCCGAAGAGCUCAAAUUCCAAGAGAAAGAACUGCACCUGCCUGAGAUAAUCAUGACUACCACACCACAUCACGACGAAACAGACCAGAUCGUCAAUCAAUUAGCCGCCCUUGCAGCUACCGCGAGCAACACAUCAAGCAACAACGCCCCAUCAUCGACUGCUGCCCCCAUAGCAGAGCCCCAAUCAGCAAUACCCAAACCUAAACUCGAACAACCAGAAGAAGAAGAAUCAUUCUACCAUCUUCGCAGUCUGAUAACAGUCUCCUGCUUGCCACAUCAUACGCCAAGCCAUACAUCGACUCCCUCAGCCUCAACACUAGGCUCUAAAUCAGGGAAACGCAAAAGCCAAAUCUUUGAUCGGAAGAGAGCCUCAUCGAUUCUGAGUUUACAUCUUGGCGAUCUACCAAGUUUGCCGUUUUCCUCGAAAGGGAAAGUCUCGUGCAAGCCUCGCCCGAGGUAUACUCCUCUUCCUCCACCAUUUGUGCAGAAGAGGCUUGCUAUUCGGCCUGAGGUGCGUUUCUAG